UUUCAGACAGCAUCAGAGCAACUGAAGAAGGCACAAGCUGAAAGGUUGUGCACAUUAUAUUUCUGUUUGAUAAUCAACAAGAACUAUAUGUACAGCAUGACUACUUAUAUAGUCAUACUAUAGGCAGGGGUGAAGAAAUGUUGACUCGGUUGAUCAGCCAGACAAAAUAUUUCUCUCGUCAAGCUCCGUUGGUGCAUUGCUCAGCAGGACUGUUUUCACUGGUCAGGCAUCAUUUUCCACUCAUCACAGACUAGUAGACUAGUGGAUUGCUGCAGCCCUCUUUAUAGGGACAGAACAACAGAAACCAGAGGGACAUGAUGGAGGGCUGAACAGGGACAGUUGCAAGGAAGCCCAGAGCCCAGGCCCCGGUGAGCUCUCCAGAGAAGUUUGGAUUUCUGAAGCAAACAGAGUUUCCACCAGCCAGCAGUAAGUGAAUUGCGAGCAAGGAAAGUGCAGUGAGAGACUUCAUCAGCUUCUGAUCCCAAUGGGGCUGCUUUGGCGGCAGCUUUCAGUCCUGGGGACAGCUGCCCUCUUGCUGGCUCACUGCUCUGGCUCCUCCUCACAUUCCUUAGGCCUUUUCUACACGUGGCUCUCUGAGCCCAACCAGGGGCUUCCUGAGUUCAUGGUUGGGCAGUUCGUGGAUGACCAGCCUGUCACUUACUAUGACAGCAGCACCAAGAGAGUGUUGGCCCGAGCACAGUGGAUGGAGAAGGCGGAGAAGGAAGAGGCCCAGUUAUGGGACUCAGAGUCCAAGGCCAUGCAGAACUUUGAGAAGAUAUUUGGAAGAAACCUGGCAGAGUGGCAGAAGAAUCCUAACCAGAGUGAGGGGCUUCACAUCUGGCAGGGCAUGCUUGGCUGUGGACUGCAUGAGGAUGGGCAGAAAUGGGGAUACUGGCAAUCCGGUUAUGACGGGCAGGACUUUAUCAGCUUUGACACAGAGAACAUCACCUGGACGGUAGACGGUGCUGCGGCCAAAAAGAUGAAGAGGAAAUGGGAUUCUUUGCUGAGAAUGACUCGGAACAUGAAGCGCUAUCUGGAGGGGCCCUGCACUCAAUGGCUGCAAAAAUUGGUGGGCUAUGGGAAUGACUCCCUGCUGAGGAGAGAGCGCCCAGUGGUGAAGGUGACACGCAAAGCAACUGUUGGUGGCCAGGACACCCUCUUCUGCCAGGCUUACGGCUUCUACCCCAAGGGGAUCAACAUCACCUGGAGGAAAGAUGGAGAGUUCUGGAAGAAGGGCAAGUUCUCUGUCAACCCCAACUCAGAUGGGACCUACCACAGCCGGACGAACAUUCCGAUUGAUCCCAAGGACAGGGGGCGCUACCUGUGUUCUGUGGAACAUGCCAGUCUGCCAGAACCCCACUUGAUUCCCUUGGAAGGGCCAGAUGUCACCACCUCCGUUCCUGCCACCACCCGAGUCCAGCCUCCUGAGGGCACCUGCCAGAAGGGCGAGUUUCACUGCUCCAACAACCAGUGCAUCCCCCGCACAUCCAAGUGUGAUGGCUGGUUCGACUGCUCUGAUCACAGCGAUGAGUCGGCUUAUGCUAAUUGUGGUAGAAGAUGAUGUAGCCCCUGAAGCAAGAGAAGGGACAAUCUAGGGGUUUAUCCCAGAUCACGGGGAAGAUAUGAAACACCAAGAGCUAUGGCACCAAGACCAAUUCUUUGGACAUUUCUUCGAUGGAGCAUCUCCAUGAGUAAUGCCUUCUUCCUCUUCAAACAGAUCUCCAUCUUUAUUACUUGCUCCCUUGUUUUUAAAACAUCUUUCUCCGUCUCCUCUGAGAGUAUCUUAGAGUUCUUCCAGUCAGUGGCCAACAUCCUGACUAAUUAUCUACUGGUGCAACAAACAGAUUGGCCUCGACAAGGGGCAUUAAGGGUUGAUUGAUUAAUUGAUUGAUUGAGUGCCGUCAAGUUGGUAUCGACUCUUAGCGACCACAUAGAUUCUCUCCAGGAUGAUCUUUCUUCAACUUGGCCUUUAAGGUCUCUCAGUGGUUCAUUCAUUGCUGUCAUAAUCGAGUCCAUCCACCUUGCUGCCUCUGGUCCUCUUCUUCUCUUUCCUUCAAUUUUCCCCAGCAUUAUGGACUUCUCAAUGAAAUCAAAGAACACAAGUCACACAAAAUGGAGGACAACAUCUAAAAUGGCUUCUCAAACCUUCGAACUGGCUUGAACAGGCUCGAACCAAAUCUGGUUCGAUUGGUUCGAACUCAGACCGGCACUGCCAAUGCACUGCCCUGUUUGACCGAGUUUGAACUGAACCAGCUCAAAUUCGAACCGGUUUGCACAUCCCUAAUGCCAGCCACUAUCACAGAUGAAAACAAGAUCAUAAUACUGCUUUUUGGCGUUUUCCUCAAAGAAGCACCCCAGCGCUGUUGUCUAAGCAUAGUUCUCAGACUGCAACACAAACAUGGGAAAUGGAAAAAAGAGUAGUGCUGCUUUCCCCCCUGACCUCCAAGGAAGGCCAGGUGUUCCUCAGGUUUAGCUGCUUUCUCUUCUGACCUUCAGAGGAAGAUGUUCCAUCUUCCGGAAGUAGGGGAUAUAUUUAAAAAGGGGUGGCCAAACUCAGCCUCUCCGGCUCGUGUUGGACUACAACUCCCAUUGGACCUGACCUCAGUCACUCAUGCGUUGGUAACAUCCAGAUUGGACUACUGCAAUGCGCUUUAUGUGGGGCUGCCCUUGAAGUUGGACCAUCCAGAAUGCGAGGAUGUUCGUGGGUGCCAUUCGCUUCAUGAGUGUCACACCCAUCCUGCAGCAGCUUCAUUGGUUACCAGUCCAUUUCCGGGCUAGAUUCAAGGUGCAGGUCUUGAUCCUUAAAACCCUACACGGCUUGGGGCCAGGGGUACAUCUCAGGCCUUGAGGGUACAUCUCAGGCCCUGCCACUAACAAACAUCUGCUUGGCAGGGGACUAGAGACAGGGCCUUUUUGGUGGUGCUUUGGAAUGCCCUCCCUGAAGAGUUUCGCCAUGCUUCCUCCCUGUGUUUUUAGAA